GCUAGAGCGUGCGAUUGGUGCGGUGCGCAUUUUCACGAAAGUUUUAAUAAAGUUUUGUUGAAAUUCUACAAUGGAUGAGGGUGAUUACGAUCACGACGAUGUCGGCGGGGAUGACUUCGAUGAUGUCGAGGAAGAUGACAACAUUGACGAGCUGAACCAGGAGGAAGAUGGAGACAACAUAGAAAUCAUCAAUCCCGGUCAAGCUGGUGGCGGAGUGCCGAAAAACAAGCGCAUCACCACAAAAUAUAUGACAAAAUACGAACGAGCACGUGUGCUCGGAACACGUGCCCUGCAGAUCGCCAUGUGCGCCCCCAUCAUGGUUGAACUUGAGGGAGAAACUGAUCCACUGCAGAUUGCAAUGAAAGAGUUGAAACAACGCAAGAUUCCCAUCAUCAUUCGUCGGUACCUGCCGGACUCAUCUUACGAGGAUUGGAGCAUAGAUGAACUAAUUAUAAUCGACCACUAAGAUAGCAU